CUAUAUACAUAUACACAUAUAUAUACAAUACAUGGAGUUAGAUGGACGGUGGUUUAUUGAUCAAGAAACAAAAUGUACAGUUUUAUUCAAAGGGAUUAAUUUAAGUGGAGGUACCAAACUACCAGUCAACAUUCCUUCCAAUGAACGUAAUGGCUAUUGGGUUGAUUAUGAUCGUAAAGUCAGUUUUAUUGGAAGACCCUUUCCGUUAGAUGAAGCCGAUGAACAUUUGCAAAGAUUAGUUAAUUAUGGAUUCAACUUGCUUCGAUUUGUAAUUACCUGGGAAGCUGUGGAACAUGAAGGACCUGGUAUUUAUGAUCAAGACUAUUUAACAUAUGUAAUCGAUUUAUUAAAGAAAUGUGGACAAUAUGGAUUUAAAGUAUUUAUUGACCCUCAUCAAGAUUGUUGGUCUCGUCAUUGUGGUGGCUCAGGGCAUCCUGGCUGGACUUUAUCACUAGUCGGGUUUGAUCCACUUCAUUUCCCACAAACAAAUGCAGCUAUCGUUCAUAAUUUAUAUCCAGAGCCUCAAAAAUUACCUAAAAUGAUAUGGAACACAAACUAUCAAAGGUUAGCUGCUUUAACGAUGUUUACCCUCUUUUUUGCAGGCAAGAUAUAUGCACCUAAAUGUAUUGUAAACGGAAUUCAUGUUCAAGAUUAUCUGCAACAGCAUUAUUUUCGAUGCUUUCAAGAGGUUGCAAGAAGGAUUCAUGAGAAUGGGCUAGAAAAUACAGUGGUGAUUGGCUAUGAUACAAUGAAUGAGCCUGGGAAAGGAUAUUUGUCGAUGUUUAAGCUUGAUGAACUAAAUAAGGAAGAUACAAGUUUCAAAAUGGGAUUGAUGCCAACUCCCUUUCAAGGUAUGUUACUAGGUUCCGGUAUAGCGACUAAAGUAGAGAAUUGGGAAUUUAAAUGGAAUGGGCCAAAGAAGGUGGGUGAGGAAGUUGUUGAUCCUGGUCAUCAUACCACAGCAUGGCUUACAGAAGAUGAAUUAAAGCAAGUGAAUGAAACAUUCGGUUGGGAAAGGGGGCCCGAAUGGCGGGCAGGAUGUAUUUGGGAUACACAUGGUAUUUGGGAUAAAUCUAGUAAACAAUUAUUACAACCAGAGUAUUUUGCUACCAACCCACAAACUGGGAAUACAACACAUUAUAUUGAUUAUUGGCUAGAGUACCUUCAGGAUUAUACGAAAGCUAUUCGUGAAAUUCAUUCAGAUGCUAUUAUAUUUGUUCAAUCACCUGUCUUGGAGGAACCACCCAAGAUACCAUCUACAUUAAAAAGAAUUGCUUAUGCUCCUCACUGGUAUGAUGGACUCACACUUGUUAAGAAGAAAUGGAGUAAUUAUAACGUAGAUGUGAUUAACUUGAAUCGAGGUAAAUAUGGUACUGGACCACUUCGAUUUAUACGUGCACUUCGAAUAGGAGAAAAGGCAAUUCGACAAUGCUUUGUUGAUCAAUUAAAAACGAUUCAAACAGAAGGUUUAGAGAACAUGGGUGAAUAUCCUUGUGUACUUGGAGAAAUAGGUAUACCUUAUGAUAUGGAAACAGGUGUUUCAGCAGCCAUAGCAUCAGCAGCAGCAGCUACUACUACUACUACUACUUCAGAUUUUAUAUAUUCUUGGUGGACAUGGAUUUUAUCAUUUUUUAGUGAAAACAAUGAUACAAAGGAAAGAAGUUUAUCAUUUAUAGGAAAUCCAAAGUCAUCACAAAAUAAAGCUAUGGAUGCAAAUAUAAAUGCUCUUGAAAAAAACUUGUUAAAUUAUACGAUUUGGCAUUAUGUAGCUGAUAAUAGUCCAGAAUGGGGUGAUAAUUGGAAUGGAGAAGAUAUUAGUAUAUGGCAAUGUUCUCCAGAGAAAGGACCAUCUUCCUAUACAACUAAAGACUGCACAACACAUACUUUAUCUUCAUCUGUAACCAUCACUGACUCCCCAGAUUCAGAUAUAAUAAAAACGAAAUCAAACAAUAUAGAUGACUAUCUGGAUACAAUGACGAAUUCAACUCUCGAUUCUUUCUCUGGACUUUUACAACAACAACAAAGUGAGCAAAUAAAUAAUCGUGAUUUAGUUUGUUUGCAUAGACCCCACGCUAAAUUGACGUCAGGGACUCCCUUAAAAAUUGAUUUUAUAUCACCUACAGAAAAUCAACGGGCUGUAUUUAAUUAUACAUUUCACUAUAAAAGCAGUUAUGCUAAAGUACCUACUGUAAUUCAUGUACCCAUACGUUUCUUUCCUUUACCGCCUGAUAAGACUAAAGUGAAAGUAAGUAAUGGAUACUGGAAGAUACAAGCUACUUUUGAUCAUUAUUGGAUACUUUAUUGGAUAAUUGAAGAUGAAGUAAACAUUGAAAAGGCCGAUCUAUUAUUGGAGGGGAUAACAACUGCUGCAGCCUAACUUUAUUUCACAUGAUUCAAUCUAAACUCAAACAACCAAUAAAAUCGCUAGAUUUAAGAAUGAGAACAGAAAUUAAAAAAAAGAAAAAAUUAUUUUUAUUUCCUUUUUUUCCUUUUUCUUCU